AAAUUCGCCUAAAAAAUGGAACGUUGUCAAACACUCGGAUACAUUCCGUAACGUACGCCAUAGGUAAGUACGUCUAUGUACAUUGUUAAUAAACGAUGCAACUUAUUCAUUAUCGUGAUCAACAAACCUUGCGUACACUAAUUACCUACACGUAUAACAUAUUAGUCUACCAAAAAUUAAAUCUAAGCGAGUGAAAAAAAUUACUCUACCUAAAAAAUUUGCAAACAUCAUAUCAUAAGUUUGCAUCAGUUUUUUACCAACAUUCGUUCAGCUUAUUCGACAUUUAUUUCAUACGAUCAAUUUGGUGAUUAGAUAUUGUUUUCGUACAUGGAAACAAUAACCUAAUAUUGGUGUAGUGAAUCGAUCGAUUUUAAAAUGAAUUUUAUUAUGAUAAUUGUGUGUGUGAUAAUCGUGAUUAUUUUACUCGCAUUUAUCGAUAAAAUUAAAAACAAAAGGUUUUACGAUUUACUCAAACAGUUUCCAUCGCAUCCUACGUUACCUCUGAUUGGAAAUUUGCAUAUGUUACGUGGCUCAAAAGAUGAUUUAUUGACAAGAGCGAUAAAUAUAAUGUUACCUGAGGAUCGUUUAGUGUUCUGGGUAGGUCCAAUACCUUGCCUCGUUUUGAGGAAAUGCGAAGAUAUCAUGGCCAUAUUCAACCAAAGCCAGCAUCGUGAAACACUCAAUCUACUAAAUGAAUGGCUUGGAACAGGAAUAUUGAACGCUGACUAUGGAGAAUGGAAAAAAUCUAGAAAAAUUUUAUCACCAGCUUUCUCUUCGGAAAUGCUCACAAAAUACACGGAUGUUUUCAACAAAAAAGCUUCAUCUUUGGUAGAUAAUUUAAAACCAGCAUCAGUCAAAGGAGAUAUUGUAGAUGCUUGGGAUUACGUCAUACACAUAAACAUCGAUGCUAUUUUAGCCAACACUCUCGGGCAAUGUAUUCAAAAUACAGGAAAAUCCGAAAAAAAUUACUGCGAAGCGAUUCUCGAGGUUUUCGAAAAUAUAACUCAGCGUGUACUUCUACCUUGGUUACAUCCGCACCUUUUUUAUCUAGUGUAUUUAAAAAUCACAGGAAGAAUCAAAAUGCUCGACCACUUCAAAUAUUUACCAACUAAAGUAAUCAAGCAGAAAUUGAAUAUGCUUCGAAAUAACAACACAGUCUUAUCAUCAGAUGAAGGUACAGACGAUUUGUCUACUACAAUGGUAGAUUUGCUUAUCGAAAAAGGCUCUAAAGAAACCAGUUUUACAGAAACGCGUAUGAGGGAUGAAAUUCUACAACUGAUUGCAACAGGAACUGAAACAACUGCACUAAAUGUGUGUUUUACUCUCCUUAUGUUAGCCAUGCAUCAAGAUAUUCAGCAAAAAGUAUACGAAGAAAUAACUGAAGUAAUGUCAGAAAACGAUACAUUGGCAGCUGAAGAUUCGAUGAACCAAUUAAAAUACUUGGAACAAUGCAUAAAGGAGACAUCUAGAAUGUACAGUCAAGCAGUGCUCGCAUUUCGACGAACUCAUAAAGACUGUUUGUUAACUGACGAGAAAAUCGUACCAAAAGACACGUUCGUUGUAGCAGCUCUUCACCUAACACAUUACGAUACUGAUUUAUAUGAAAAUCCAUCAAAAUGGGAUCCCGAGCAUUUCAGCGAUCAAGCGAUUGCCAAACGACCCAAAGGCAGCGAAUUAAUUUUUGGAUACGGACCACGACUGUGUAUAGGAGCCAGAUACUCGAUAAUAUCUUCCAAGACGCAAAUUGCACACAUUCUUCGCAAUUAUCAUUUAGCCACCAACAUAAAAGAAUUCACAAAGGAUCAUUUGAAAACGGACUUGUGCAUUAGAAGUAAAAUCGGUUACCCAAUCAAAUUCACAAGCAGACGAAAAACAUGACAAUAAUCCUGCCAAUUUAGCCAAUCAGUGAACAGUAUCUUGCAGCUGAGACUAAUCGGUAAUUGUAUUCAUCAUUUUUGGAAUUAGAUUAAUAAUAAGUAUGUUUUUAUCGUUUUAUUUCAACUUGAAAGUUGACAAAAUGUGAUCAGAAUGUUGUGAAUUUUACAAAUUUUGAAAUAAACAAAAUUUAUUCAGUGAAAGUACCUAUCUGUAAAAUACCACAACUAUGAAGUUUAAGGUUUUCUAGUUGAAAACAUAAACGAAAGAGAACAAAACCGAACAAAGGAAUUGAAAACAUGUACUUAAUUAUUUUGUAAAUUUUUUAAAAAUUAAUUUUUUCAAUUAUUUUUUAUUUAUUUUUACAAUCGUUUUGUAUGUAUAUUACAUAGUACCUACAUGUUGUGAACAGUGCCUAAAAGAAUAAAAUGAAUUUAACU